AUGUCUCUGAAACUUUACUUCUCUCUACACUCAUCAUCACCGCCCCAAAAUGCAAAACUCCCCAACAUUUUGAUCGCUCAACAAUCCUCCGGUGAUCGGAAAACUACCCCUGCCGACGAGUUUUCUCCGCUGGCUGAGAAAUUCAACCGGCGGCUUCUUCUAGGUGUAGGAUCGUCCUCUGUUCUUGCGGUCGGUGCGAAUUUCGGAGGCAUCACGAGUUUUCUGCUCGGUUUAUCGCCGGAAUCCGGCCGGAAUCUAAAACUCGACGUCGUUUAUCCGAUCGGAGGUUAUAGCAGAUGUAUCGACACGGUUGAAGGAUUCGAGUUUAUAUAUCCGUCUACGUGGGUCGGAGACCAGACGCUCUUGUAUAGAGCGGCGGAGAAGACAGAACGGGAGAUUUCGCUAGACCUUCCUCCGGCAAGAAACAUUCGCCGGAGAAACGUCAAUGAACCAGCUGUUGCGUUUGGACCGCCCGGUUCGACCGGCGAGCUCAAUGUCAGUGUUAUCGUCUCCCCUGUCUCACCCACUUUCAAAAUUGAAGCGUUUGGAGGACCAAAAGAAGUAGGAGAAGCUAUAGUGAGAACAGUGACAGGAUCUGGUCAACGAAAAGAUUUAAAAGGAACUUUGCUUGAAUCAAAUCUUAGACAAGAUUCAGAGAAGAACUUGAAGUACUAUGAGCUGGAGUUCAAAGUCGAAUCGCCGCUUUUCCGGCGGCAUAACGUGGCCGUUUGUUGCGCUCAUGGUGGCCGGCUUUACACGCUGAAUGCUCAGGCUCCUGAGUCAGCUUGGUCGGAGCUGAGAUCGGAGUUUCACGCUAUUGCGAAAUCCUUCAGCAUCAUUUCUUGA